AUGGUAUCACAACGAUUUUAUCUCAUUCUUAUUCUAGUUAUGGUUAUUAUGCCUGCUAAUAGUAUUCACUAUGCAGGAACAUUAACUGGAAGAGAAUGUAUAGCUUAUUAUGCAUCGAAUAAUGCUUAUAAAAAUCUUCAAGCUUUAUUUAGUUGUCCAAAGAAAUGGCUAAUAAAAAGCAGAAAAAAAUUUCUCAUGUAG